UCCGCUUUCGACCUCAGUCCGCCCCUCAGAGUUGUCCUGGGAGACGCUACAACUGUGCUGAGGGAGAAAAAAAAACUACAGUCGGGAUCGACUCAUUGCACUCUGUACACUUUUGAUUCUAUUCGUGCGUGUGUAUGUAUGUGCGGGCGGGACAACGCCGCCGCUCUCCAGUCGUUUUAAAGGACGUUCUUGACACUCUUGGGGGGAUUAUUAUGCGCCUAAAAAGAGCCUGAAACGUCGUCUUCUCUUCCAGACUCGAGAUGAAUGCCACCUGAAGGAGUUCCGCCCGCAGCUGCUGUCGCUACUUAAACUGUGAGUUGCCAGGGAAAUGAAACUUACUCCCCAGAAAGCUCCACUGUAUGGUUGCUGCACUAUCACAGUGCAACUCACUGAUGAAGAGCUUGCUAUGGACGAAGAGGGUGGUGCUGCCACAACCGCCAACUACUUCCUGCUCUUUGCAGGCAGCAUGCAGAGGCACCUGAGCAGCACUCUGAGGAUUACCCAUGACACCCUGCAGGCGGUGUGCCCUGCUCACGAGUGUUGCGAGGAGGUUUCAGUCACUCUGUUUGCCACCACUCGCUGUAACACAAAGGUCUCAGAAGAGCUGACGACAGUCUCAUCUCACAUUGCUCCUUUAGCGCAACAUCGCUUCACCUUCGUUCAAGACUUGGCUUUUGACAUGGCCCAGUUUUUGGUGAGCACGGUGGGUCGCACAGACGGCUUGGAUGGGGCGUUGGUCCUGGACGAGUGUCACAUCCCUCUGUUGGAGAGUGAGAGCCUGGACGAGAGAUUGGCCCUGGCUCUCCACCAUAUCACGCUUCCAUCAGGAUGGAACUUGCUAGGGAACCAAUUCUCUAACACUGAUCUGCACUCACGGGAGACCCUGCUGCAUUUCUCGGCCCGCCGAGGCUUGUUCCGCGUCACAAGUUUCUUGCUCCAGCAGCCGGGGGCAAGGGACGCGGCAAAACUGCUGAACAAGCAGGGUCACACUCCCGGUGCCAUUGCAGCACUCCGGGGUCAUGCCAGCCUCCAGCAGCUCCUCGCAAAGGCUGAGGCAGACGCCGAGCCAGACAGAGGGCCCGAGCACGUCCAGCCAGUACCGACAGAUGCUCGCGUGGUUUGCCGCCACCCUGGCUUCCACUGCCUGACACAAAGGGUCUACCCGGGCUCUGACCCGCCGAAGCUUGGUCAGAACGUGGCGCAGUUACUGCAUAUGACGUGUCAUCUCCACGCCAAGGGAGUGUCUGUGUUAGAGCUGCACUCUGAUUGUCUCCACACGGCUACCGAGUGCAUAGAGGGUGUCGGGCCGGAGACGACAAGCUGCCCACAAGCAAACACGCCGGAAAACCCACUUGUAAUCAGCUGUAGUUACACUUGCGGCCAGGAAGACUGGAGCGUGUCUUUAGUACACCCUAGGGAGCAUACCCUAAACCCUCCCGUGGAUUGGGUGUGUCUUGAUUUAAAGAGGGCAGAGGGAAGCAAACAAACUGACACUGCAGAGAACUUAAGUUUGUGUGAAAGUCAAGAAGUAGAGAGCACCCUACUUAUAGGAAGACUUCAACUGCCAGGGUGGGAUGAGGAGGAAACUCAUAGAGGAGAAGGACAGGAGGCCACAGAGAGAAAGGACUUAUCUGGAAAGGAAGUGAACGGAAUAUCUCAGAGCACAAAGGAGGAAGGUAGUGGAGGGUUAGUCAUGGGCCAGUCACUGUCUUCUGACACUCCAGUCCAGGAGUCUUACCAGAAUGGCAAAGCAUUGACUCAUACCCUGGAGCUUUGUGACGUACCCUCUUUAACCGAGGAGAAAGCCCAGAACGAGGCUUUAGUGCACAAAGACCUCCCACCUCUGGGUGGAAGUGAUGUAAGCCUAGAAUCGGAUGUUCCACCUCCAGGAGAGGGAGACCCUCUGCCAGAUGUAAACAGCCCAGAACAAAAUCAGGAAACAGCUAGUCGGGAGUAUAUGUCAGAGUGGCAACAAGACCCUUGUCAGCACACUGUUUGUCGGGAGACUUUUUCUGAGUUAAAUUUGAUGGAGGAUGCUGACAUUGCUGUACCAUCUGGAGAGGAAACACAAGAGAAAUCAGAGUGCUCACCGAAAGUCAUAUCCGACGUUGAUCCAGAUUCGGGCCUAACCCACGGCUUUUUGAGCGACGAUGACAUCAGUUUCCAGUCGGUCGGAAGUUGCACAAUAGACAUAUUCCACCCCGUCGAGGAAAGUAACCCCUUCGAAGAGCACCGGUCGACUGAGCAAUUCAUUGUGGAGGAACAAGAUGGUGUUACGCAAAACCAAAGCGACAUAUGUUUGCAGACAUCAGUGGAACCCACUGCCAUUUCGGAGGAAACUGCCACUGGUUUGGAGCCCAACUUCCAUUCGGAGGAGCUUCCUGAGGCACCCAAUGAGUCAGGUGCUUUGGAAGCAUCUGAGAGUGAUCUGUCUCUAGGCAGAGAUGCUUUAGCAGGGACGGUGGAAGAUGGAAAUCCCAAAGUCGACCUUGGUAAAGCGGUGAAGGUGAUCAUGUUGGAACACACCGGGACCACCUGUGCCACAGAAGAAACAGAUGAGACCAACUCUUCUAUGAUUCACCGCGACGGUGAAACGUCCUUCCAACAGCCACUCGACGUGCAACAAUCAGGGUCCUCUCGGUCAUCAACGUUGCCCAUAUUGUCGAGCAGGACAGUCAGCAGCAACACUUGUUUCUUGACAGCUCACAGAGACUCAGGCAGUGACAUUGAGAGCUUGCUGAGCGCCGAAGUGGGAUAUGACAGCAUCUUUAACAAGAAUGAUGAGCCAGUGACAGGGGGUGAUAGCACCAGUGAGGUCUCCAUCUCCUGCUCCUCCACGGACGACACAGCCAGUGUGGGCCCGUCCAGCUCCAGCCCUGAAGGUAGCCAGGGCCUGGGCAGCAGCAGCUGGAGCCCUGAGGAGAGUGUCCCCGCGCUGGACUCUGUCUCCACUACAGACAGAGGAGGAGGUGGAGGAGGAGGAGGUAUCUCUGGGGACGCUGAAGAGGAGGCCAAGGACAGAGUGGCGGAGGUGCCGCGUCGGUCCUCUCUAUUGCGCCGCAGCCUGCGAUCCCUUUCGCCUCUUCGCCGCCACAGCUGGGGACCUGGGAAGAACAACGGAGGAGGCCCAGCUAUGAAUCAGAGGAGCUACAGCCUGGAGGGCCUUAGUGGUGGCCAUGAAGAGGGACGACAUCUGCCCAGUCAAACCUCCCGCAUCCUGGAGACUUCGAGAAUGCUGCCGCACGACAUGGAUGAGCGCGGCUCACUUGUUUCACUCACGGAGGAGCAGGAGGAAACGGGGCCGCCGUGCUGCCUGCAAAAGCAGAAGUCGAGGCACUAUCGUCCCUUGAGGAAUAGCUGCCCCCCAAUGAUCCUGCCCCUCACCAAGUCCGUGUCCAUGCUCGCCAUUAGCCACAGAGACAUUGAUGGUACGAGAUCCUUCUCCAGCACAUCUGGAUCGCUCGCAUACAGCAUUUCGGAGGAGGAGCCCGGGCCACUGCGGAGCGACGCCGAGGCUGGCAAGGGUGUCACCAAAGUCAGCCGCACCUUCAGCUACCUCAAGAACAAGAUGUACAAAAAGACGAGGGAAAAGGAGCGGGACAAAAAGGAAAAAGAGGCAAAGGAGAAAGAGAAGAAGUUGAUCAACGGGCAUCACUUCGCCACCAUGGGUUCUGGCCAGGUGCCACCUUUAUCUCACUGCUCCCAGUGCAAUAAAACCCUCAAUAAGGAGAUCUUUCAGUGCACAUACUGCAAUGCCUGUGUGCACAAGAGCUGCAGGGACGGCCUGGUCGUUUGCACUAAGGUGACGAUGAAGUUGCCCAGGCAGCAGUCUAGCACGGUCCUAGAUUCCAGCUCGUUCCCCAGCGUCACCAUGAGGAACAAAUCGUCUGGAAUGAGAGAACGUCCUUGGUCAGCCAUUUUGUCCCCGGAGGACCACUCAUACCUGGCGAUGCCACUGUCACGCCGCCACACCAGCCUCAUGCCUUUCCAUGGCACCAACCUGUCAAAAAGUCUUUCCAUUAGCAAUAUUGCUGGUCCUGUGUUUGACGAGAUCCCCAUCAAGGGCCUGCGCUAUCUUUCUCAGUCCACCGACUCGCUCAACAGGACCAAUCAGGUCACAGAGUCCAUGGAGUCACUCACUGACGAAGGUCAUUACACACCUUCGCAACCAUGGACAGAGAUGAUGGACAGCCAGCUGUUGGGCGAGUUUGAAGGGGAGGCUAAGGAGAUGGAGGCCGACUCAUGGAGUUUAGGCGUGGAGCAGCAGUACCUGCAGCAGCUGGACCGCAACCUGGUCAAAAGGCAGGACGUCAUUUAUGAGCUGAUGCAGACCGAGAUGCACCACAUCCGCACGCUGCGCAUUAUGUCAGAGGUUUACAGCAAGGGCCUGCAGAAGGAGUUGCAGCUGGAACCGCAGACCCUGGAGCGGCUCUUCCCUGCCUUGGAUGAGCUUCUGGAGCUCCACACACAACUUCUCCUGCGUUUGCUGGAGAGGAAGCGUGAGUGCCAACAAGAGGACGGGCACUCAGAGCAGGGUAUCAUUGUCCACCGGAUAGGGGAUAUCCUCCUCAGCCAGUUCUCGGGAUGUAACAGUGAGAGCAUGAAGAGGAUCUACGGGAGAUUCUGUAGUCGCCACAAUGAUGCUGUAAAUCUGUACAAGGAUCAUCUGACCAAAGACAAGCGCUUCAAGGCCUACAUCAAAAAAAAGAUGAGCAGCAGCAUUGUUCGGCGUCUCGGCAUCCCAGAAUGUAUCCUGCUGGUAACCCAGAGGAUAACAAAGUACCCAGUGCUGAUUCAGAGGAUCCUGCAGCACACCACAGAGAGCGAUGGCGACCACGAAGACCUGUCUGAGGCGCUGCGCCUAGUAAAGGAGGUGAUCGCCAGCGUGGAUGGCCGUGUGAAUGAGCACGACAAACGGCGGCGCCUCAAGGACUUCCAUAGCCGCACUGACACCAAGUCCAUCAUGAUGAUGAAGAGUGGCCAGAUCUUUGCCCGGGAAGACCUGCUGCGACGACGCCUGGUCCACGACGGCUGUUUGCAGCUCAAGAGCCACCAGGGACGCCUCAAAGACGUCCAUGCACUGCUUCUGUCAGAUGUCCUGGUAUUCCUCCAAGAGAAGGACCAGAAAUAUGUCUUCGCCAUGCUGGACCAGCGCUCAACUGUCAUCUCGCUGCAGAAGCUGAUUGUGCGUGAGGUAGCCAACGAGGAGCGGGGCCUUUUUCUAAUCACAGCAGGCAUCGAGAAGCCAGAAAUGAUGGAGGUCCUGGCAUCCUCCAAAGAGGAGCGCAACACCUGGAUGGAGCUUAUUCAGGACACUAUGCAGUCCAUGGAACGGGACGAUGACGAGGGCAUUCCCAGCGAGACAGAAGACGACAAGCGACAACUGGAGAUCAAAGCCAAAGAGAUGAGAGACCGGCUGAAGCAGAAGGAUGCUGAGAUCGUAUCCCUUCUGGAGGAGAAGGCUCGGCUCUUCCGGGACAUGUGUGAGGGCUCUGGUCCUGUUGAGGAGGCCUGCCAGCAGACUGAACACUUCUUCAGGUCACCUGGCGGGCCCGAGCCCCCCAAAGGGGCGUGCAUCAUGAAGGAUGCCCUGCAAGAAGUGGAGACGCUGCAGUCACUGGUGAACAGCAGCCUGGGCGGUGCCAUGGCUGGUGUCCAUGAUGGUGGAGGAGGAGUGCCCAGCCCGGGGUGCCUGCCCCGACGGGCCGAGACCUUUGGUGGCUUUGACAGUCAUCAGAUGCACCUCAGUAAGAGUGGAGACGAGAGUGAGGACGCCACCAGAGACCUACGGAGGACUGAGUCCGACAGCGUUCUAAAGAAGCAGGGAGGAAACGCCAACCUGCUGCAACUGCUCAAGAGGAACAGUGAGCAGGUGCUGCACAGUGUCUCCAAUCUGCAUUUCCUGCUCAGCACACUGCAGGCAGUGGUGGUCCAGCAGGAUAGCUUCAUAGAGGAUCAGCGUCAGGUCCUAAGUGAGCGUUCACCAUCUGCAUGCUCGUCAUCACGGCCCUCCUCUCGGCCCAGCUCACUGAUUGAGCAAGAGAAGCAGCGCAGCCUGGAAAAACAGCGGCAGGAGCUGGCGUCACUGCACAGGCAGCAAGCGGCGCACGCCGAUGAGCGGCGCCGCCGUGAGAAGGAGUGGGAGCUCAGGGAGCGCCUCCUCAGUGACAAGGAGGCGCUGCUGAACAUGCAGGAAGAGGAUCUGUCCAAGCAGCAGCGGGUGCUGGAGGACGAGAGGCGGGAGCUGGCUAUUCGGAAGGAGGACUACCAGAGAGACCUGGAGAGGUUGAGAGAAGCCCAGAGGAAGCUGGACAAGGACAGGGAUGCCCUCCACAGACAGCUUGACAAGAUGGACGAGCUGCGACGCGCUGAGAGGACUCCCUCCACCGCCUCAGAAGAGUCCCAGUUAGCAGGCAGCUGCCAGUCUCUGGAUCUGGACCCCGUAGAUGUAUCGUCGUCCUCCUCCUCCUCUUCAUCGUCACAGCGCUGCAAAGCCAAGACUCGCAGUCUCAACCCGUUCACAUCCUCUUCAUCAUCGUCAUCUGCGAGCCUCCUAAAGGGGGGCGAGGCCAACAAGCAGCUUUCCAAGAGCUUGCUCCAGUUAGCCAAGCAUCGCGGCAAGGAAGGCAAAGACAAGCGUAAGAAGAAGGUGAAAGGACAGGCCCCAGACACCCAGCACCUUCCCGAGACUCCUCUGGAUGGAGAGAUUUUCUUCUGCUAACUCUCUUCCUCAUCCUCACUCAACAACGAGACUUUCUAGUUAACCUGUAGCAACGCAGGAAGUGCUUUCGUUCUUCCAGUAGUUCCAAACUUGCAGCAUUUAAGCAAAGAUUCACAAAAUGGCCACCAGUGACUUUGACACUGACUUUUCAAAUCAUCCCUCAUAUUCCGUAAGCACACUCACACAGUCUUGGUGGGUCUCGGCAAACAGACGGGUACGUCAACAAGCUCCAUAUGGCAGCGCAGCCUGAGAAGAGAAUGGAAGCUGCAAGUGCAGUGGGAACCUUUCCAAUAUGAAAUAAAGCAGACUGUUUGUUUUAUAGUCCAAACAACUCUACUUCCGUUUGCUUCGGAAAAUCUGAUGCAAGUUAUCGUACAUCAGUUGAACUGUGGAGAAAGUUUUCACUGUUGACCGUUAGAAUUCAUCACAUCAGUGUUCAUCACUUAUCCGAAAAGUGAUCGUUUUCAACAUAAUCAUCCGCGCUGCUAAUCACUUUGCAUGCCAUUUUGGUUUUCUUUUCAGAAACCAAUUGAGGUUGUAACAUCUCGUUUGUUUAAGUGACAACUGAGUCAAUAAAAGAUGACAAGGACAUACAGCAAAAUUGCAGUUAAAAAACAUAACAAUAUAACAUAUAACAAAAAUCUGAAGAUGUUGAGACGCUUUAUUUUAUUCGGGUUUCACGUUAUCUGACAAAAAGCAUCUGCAGUUCUGUCGAAUUUUGUUCGGUGGAGGGCGUUAUACAAAAACAAAAAAUACCGAUAAAAAUGAAAUGAUGAAAAAUUCCACGAUACACAUUUUGUUGUCUGACAAAAAGCUUGUUCUGUAAAUGUUUUCUUUCUUACAAAUCACAAAAUUCAGCAUUUGGAGGGAAAGCUCAAAGACAAAUUUUGGAACAUUAUGAAAAAACUAUGAUUACAUUGUUUUUUUUAUGUCAAAUUUUUUUAAAAAGCUGCAAUGUCAGAGGCACCAGUUUUAUUUGUGUUCUAUGUUGUUUUCUGUUAAAAAAAAAAAAACAUUUAGCAAAUCACGAAGUUCGGAGAUACACCUUUUAUUCCUGUUGUGCAUCUUUGUGGGACAAUAAAGCAACUACAGUACUCCAAAAUUUGGAUUUCUUUUCAUGCAAAAAAAAAUCUUUUUGAUAAAACUCUAAAAAUCCAAAAAUUCCAAUAUCUUUAAAAAAAAAAAUUAAAGCAUGUUCUAAUUUGGCAAUUAAAACCAUGUCACUAACACCUGUGAGCAUAAAUGUGUGUUAUUUGCAUAAAGACCACCAAAUUUAGUCACUUAUUAUUCUGUCUUCUCCAAAAAAAAAUCACACUUUCUUAAUAAAUCCCAUGACAGUGCUAACAUGCUUUGAAUUUCAAGGCUGUUUUCUUUGCAUUGAAUGUGCCAAAAGCAAAUCAAAUUAAAUGUUGUAUAUAGAAAACUAUUCUUCCCAUUAAAAAAAAAAUCGCAAAAUUCAUACAUGCAAGCUGCCUCUGCGCUGCUAACCAAUUUAUAAUUUGAUUAGCGUCAAAAGUCCAGUGAAAAGCUUGUACUGCCAAGUUUUGUGGAUUUUUUUAUACUAAAGACUUGUUUUUCCAAAGAAAAAAAGCACAUUUCCAACCACAUGUGCAUACUUUUCCUUUCCCGUCAAAAAAAAAAAAAAUCUAAAAAUCCCAUUUGGUGAUCCAUCGGCGGAUGCAACAUACCGGGUUUUACUUUUGUUUUUAGUUGCUUUAUUGGCUUCCUGUAGGACCGUUGAAAACAGGAAUUUGGAGUACGUCAUGGGUAAUAUUUUUUUCUGACUGUAAUGGAACAUUCCGGGGCACCAAGGGGGACAUACUGUGUGCUAUGACAUAUUGUUUAUGGCCUAAUCAUUCAAACUUAAUGUGUAAGUAACGAGUAGUCGGUAGCAGCAGCUUUAUUGUGGAAGGACAGCGAGCCUUCUACUUCCUCUAAAGGACAAUCAGUCAAUUGAGACCUCGCAGCCUUUUUUUGUUUGUUUGUAACAAAGUCAAAUGCACUAAAAGAUAGAAGAGCUUGCUUGUUUCAGUCUAUGUGAAGUAAAAAAGUAAACGAAUACAAAUGUACAUAUGAUUUAUGUAUAAAACAAAUCAGAUGUAAAAAAGGAAUGUUGGUUUUGUGAUUAUUACAAUAUUUUCUAAGGAUGUUUUAUUUAUCUUUUAUGUCCCUGUUUCGGGACAGUAAAUGAUGUAAAGUGAUGUCUCUCACCUAAUAAAAAAAUGUUUUUGCUUUUGGUUGAAAUUUUAGAUUUCCCAGUUUUCUAGAACCCAGCAUGUCUUGUCUGCGCCAAAUUUUGCCAACAUUGCAAAGUUCCAUAAUGUUAUUUUCAUUGAAUUAUUUUUCAUCUUACCAUUAAAAAUUAUUUUACU